AUGGGGCGAAUGCAAGCCCCGCUUCGCACAGGGGCACUGCUAUGCAUGUGUCUCGCUGGCAUCUGGAGCCUGGGAGUGCCGGUUUCAUUUCUAUGCACAACCAGCAGGCGAAGAGCCAUGCCGACUGCUUUUCCAUCAUGCAGGAUUCCAUUGCCUGGUCGGAGACCCCAUGUUUGUCUCCAUGCCGGUGUCCCUGAUGACCUAGCAGGCGUCAGGCUCCCGAAAUAUGUGGAGAUCUCACAAGAAGCACUCCUGGCAGCAGCGGUUGUUCAGAACAAGAAGGAUGACUUGCGGAAGUUGCUGGAUGCAGGAGCCCCGCUGGAAGCCAUUUCUGGCAAGGGCAGAACCGCGCUGGCGUGUGCAGCAGUGGCGGACGAUGAGGAGAGCGCUCGACUACUGCUGGACAAAGGUGCUCAACUGGAGGCAUUGGACGAUUCUGGGCGUACGCCUUUGGCUUUGGCUGCUGCCUACGGGAAUUUCGCCCUCGUUCGCUUCUUCGUGGAAGCCGGGGCCAACAUCGAGGCGAGAGACAACGGGAAGAUGACAGCGCUCCUCUGGGCUUCGGUCAACGGCAACGAAGAUGUUGUUCGGUUCCUUCUGGAUAACGGCGCGGACAUCCAUGCUGAGGAUGAAGAUGGCAUGACAGCACUGAAGCUGGCAACUUUGGGUAAGCGCGACGAUGUCAUGAAGCUGCUACUAUUGGUCGAGGCUGUUGCCUCAGGCUCCUCCAGCGCAGACGGCGCUCAGGCUUCAGUGUACUGGGGCGACUUCUGUCGAGGUCAGAAGGAUGGAUCAGGCAUUUGCGAGUGGGAAGAAGGCAGCCGAUAUGCUGGGCAGUGGCGAGCAGGAUUGAUCUCCGGCCAUGGAGCUCUGACAUCUGACAGUGGAAGUCGCAAGUACAGGGGCCAGUGGGUCCAUUCAAAGAAGCAUGGUCGAGGUGUUUACACGUGGCCAGAUGGUCGUGAACACCGGGGCCAGUACCAGCUGGACACUGCUUCCGGAUUCGGUACAUUCUCAUGGCCGGAUGGCAAACAGUAUCACGGCUUUUGGCACAAUGCCCACAUCAUCGGUCCUGGAGUUUUCAGCGCUCCCGGACACUCCGACAGGCCGAUGGAAGUUGAUGUCAAUCUGUUUCCAGCCGAGUUGAAGGCAGAACUUGCGAAUCAGCUUGACGCCAUGCCGCUGCUGGGCACUCUCCCGUCACAAAGUGAGCAGGGCGAACUGGAAAGGACGCCGGACACGAAGCACCGCAGCCUGGGAAUUACAAAGGCAGACAGCCAGGAUGCUGGGGUCAAGUCGUCAGUUCGGCAACGUACGACAGCAAACCCCUUCGCCACAGUCGCAACGCCACUUCGCAGAUUUUUGGCAGCCAGGGGAGGAGCAUGA